UUGAGAGGAUCAAAUUCUAGGUUGCUACUUGUAUUUAUAAAACAAAAUACUUUGACAACUUUCUUUCUUAGAUCUUUGUAGAGAAUGGGGAAGUUUUCUGUACUAAUUAUGCUUCUUCUUUUUUUUGUGCCUUUACUGCAUUUUGCAUAAGUUUGGUACUGUACUUUGUUGGUGUUUUGUGUCCACGGAUUUCCUCCACCAUGAGUGAGAGGUCUCAAUAUAUUUGGGAGGAGGUGACCCGUGGACAUGUGAACCUUUUUGUCUCUUUUCCAAAAAAUUAGAAAUUGUUGUAAUGUUUUUGACCAUUGGCAAACUUCAUGCUUAAUUGAGGCCCUAAGAACCUCAAGAUCUAGAGUUCCAAGAUUUAAUUGAGAAGGUCAAUAAUUUUUUAUAAAUUUUAUGUUACAUAUGUUGGCAUCAUUGUAUGUUAAAAGUGAAUACUGUAUAACUGACUUUACUGUGAUGUUAUUGUAAUAGUAUAGUAUGUAAGGAAAAUAUGCUUACUUGUUGCGAAGGGAGACUAACAAGUUACAGAAUCCAUUAUUUAGGCAUAUUGGUACAUUGUACUUAACAGUUUCCAUGUAGUACAUUUAAGAAAUAGACUAUAGUACAUAUAAUGAUAGUAUGUUAUAUAGGAAGAGAUGCUUACCUGUUAUUGUACACAUAUAGGAAAUUAAGUGUCGGGAUGUCAUGAAUACACUGAAAUGUUAGACGAUUGCAUGAAUUAUUCAAAGUCUUUGUCUUCCAAUAUUUUAGUGUUUUGAAUGUUUGUUAAUUUAAGUUAUUUUGUCUUGUGUAAUAGGUUUAUAAAAUGGUAUUUAAACGGAAGAGGGGGGCUGCUGCAGACAAAAAGGAUGCAGCAGAGAUAAAGAAGAAGGAUCCGAAGGAAGCUUGGCCGAAGUACUACCAAGCCAAUUUCUAUGCUUAUGCUGAUGCACACAAAGAGAAACCUAAAGCAGAUGUGCUUCGUAGUUUUAAGGAGCAAUUCAAGCUUCUUACCGAUGAAGAGAUUGAGAAUUGGGCUGCAUACGAAGUCGAGGCUUCCCCCUCCAAGGUUGGUGGUAGAGGGAAAGGGAAGAAGGUGAAGGAGACAUUAUCUGCUGAGCCAGGGAUUGACAACAACGAAGGUGUGGGGGACGUUCAAGUUUCUGGUCGUUGCUCAUUCGAGCGUUUGGGGAGAAUAGUCCCACUGCUGAACGAGGCUCAAAAGGAAAUGGUGAGAAAUGCCGGUUUCUCAACAUUUUUAAGGGAGGAUGCCCCGUACAUAGACGCUAAGAUAGUUAGUUGGCUGAUCGAUCACGUGGAUCCAACCACUUCUCGGCUGGAGAUAUUUGGAAGAACAAUCCAACUAUCCGCCAAGCUGUUUGAGGAUGUCAUGGGAAUCCGGGAUGGCGGAGAACCCGUGGCAACCGAAAGUGAGCGUGACCUGGUUGAGUUUGACGUCCUCUUCAAGGCCAAGGACUAUAGGUAUUCCCUGACUUUGCUGGAGAAUGAGCUCAGGGAAACCAGCGACAGUGACUACCUGUUUCUCAUUAAGUUUCUCCUUGUCUGUAUUGGAACUGUGUUGCUGCCGAAGAAUGGUACCGAGGUCAGCACUAGCUACAUGCAUUCUUUAGUUGACAUAAGGUCAAUUAAGAAGAAGAAUUGGGCGACUGCCGGAUAUCGAUAUCUAAUGAGCUCUCUACACCGGUACAAGACGAAGAACACCAAAAAUGUCUCCGGUUGCACGAUAUUUUUACAGCUUGUAUAUUUGACGCACGUAGACUGGACUGCUACUCACGUGGACCGAACUGUGGCUCCAAUUGACUUUUGGACCACAAAACACUGCAAGUCAGUGUACAAGUGGAUUCGAGACCAGGGUGGUCACACAAGUGGAAAGGUACAUUUAGUACUUCAAUUUUCUAAUGCGUUAGAAUUUUAUUUGAGAGAUAUGCUAACUAGUUUUUUUGGUGUACUAAGCAGGUGAAGUUGACUAACACGUA